AUGUGGUCACGGCAUGAUUUCAUGAGGUAUGCUCAGGAGACACUCUAUACGGAGCUGUUUAAUGCCUUGAACGAGUAUGCCACUCUACUCAGCAUGCAACUGCCUGGCAUGGUGGCCGAUAGCUUCCCCACAAUGCCAGAAGAUCCCGAACCUCCGGGUAGUGAUGCCGAGGACAGGGCCAGAGACUUCAUUGCUGAGGGAAGUGGGUCGUACUGGACGGCCAUUCGUGAGGUGAUCAACUGGCCACCGUUUGAACGCAUGGUGUUCAGUGCUGGUGCCUAUGGUCACAGGGCAUAUACCGGCCUGCGUAGGCAAACGGAGCGACACCAGGCAGUUUGCUGCCUGGUCAAUUGCUUCUUGAAGCAGAUCGAGCCACAGCUGCCUUGGACCACCUUUGCGGUCCUCUGCAAUUGUCAGACUGACAUGCACGUUGAUGUGCAGAACGCACACAUCGAAAGUGUCGUUGUCGGCUUCUCGCACUUCGUCGGAGGACAACUGGAUCCGGUGGAUGCCAACGCUGCUUUCCACCACCCACAGGAGCCACCCGAGAACGAUGAGGUGAUGGCGAAAGAAUGUUUUUUGGACGGAAAGAUCGGGGCGCGCCUGAACAAACUGUCCAAGGCUACCUUGGUGGACCAGAAGGGCUCUAUCGCCAUGGUCACCCGCGAGGAUGGCAGCAGCCACGAGGUGCCCUCGACCCGCAUGCUGCCUUGGUACGAAGGCCUCCUGGUCUUGCAAGAGCUCGAGGCGAAAAGUGAUGCUGCUGGGGUCACUUGGUUUGACGACCGGUGCCGCAACCUCCUGAUGCAGGAGCGCAAGAAGCGCGGGAAGGUGAACGGCACACUCUACGUCGAAAAGAAGUUGAUGAACCUCUCCGUCACAGGUAAGCGGUUCGAGGAUGCGGAAGGAGCAGCCUUCAGCUAUCGACGGCCGGAGGUGAAAGACUCAGAUAUUCCCGUCGACAGCGAGGAUGAAGCACCGCCGGGCCGGUUUCGCAUCGCUGAUAUUACUGGCUACAUGCCCCCUUGGGAGGCCUGGUGCCAUGAGCAUGGUGGCUUCUACCAAGACUUCUACCAGGUGCACUGGAAAGAUGAGAAGGGCACACCCUGGGGAGCAUUGAAUUUUUCCAAGGUGGAGAACGGUGCCGUCGAAACAGGUUCGACGUGGGAGCCUGACGACUGUAUACCACCAAGCCUUGAUGGCAUGAGGUUGCGCGAAAAGGCCAAGUGGCUGAAGCGCAAGAGAGAUCAGGAGCAGAAAGCCGAGAAAGAAAAGGAACUUGCAGAGACAGUCAAGGGCCAGUCGAAGCGGCCCCGAAUCGAAACCUCAUCGAUGACAUUGGAUGGAGGAAGCCCUGUGGAGGCUGAGCGAAAGCCAGAGGCUCCACCGCCGAAGAUGAGUCGAUACAGGCGCAAUGGCAGUCCGCUCAUCCAGGACAUGUUUCGCCUGAAGCGUGGACAUGACUUCGAUCCGCCGCAAACCAACAAAGAUCCGGAUGUUCGCAGUGGCUGGCCCAAGAGAGCCGAGGACUAUCCGCCCGGCUACGGUUGCGCAGACCCGCCAGGUCUCUGCAGUAAUGCGUGCGAUUGCAUGGACGAUCAAAGGGCUCAGAAGUCUUGGGAAACUACCAAGAACUGGCUCGAGGAUCCGAGACGUGCCUCCGAUGCGACGAUGGCCAUUGACAUGCUGAGCGCACAGCAGCGCUUCGUGAGAAGAAGGGGGCAGGUUACGAAGUGCUGCUUCUUUGAGACAAGCCAGACUAGCCAUGCGGACCAGACGCACACCAGUGCGGCGAUCAAUCUUUGCAAAGUGUUGGAGGAGUCGGUCCGAUCGGUGCUGAAGGACCUACCGAUGUUUGCCAUCCAAGAGAACGGAGAUUCUGUGCGAAUACCGGCGUGCGCCCUCAUGAAGCCGUCCGAAGAUUAUGCGCCGGUACAAUACCAGCUGGCGCAGACCUCCGCUGCUCGAAAAUGGCUGUGUCUCAGUGAGGAAGAUGGCAAGCUUUCCCUCAUUGCGAAGGGGCCGCCAAGCAGGCCGGCUCCUUUCAGAGUGGAGUUCGCCCACCCAGAGGGGAUGACUGCAGUCGUGGACUGUAUGGUCACAGACACCCAGCAAAAGUCUUGGCUGUCGGCUUCGGCAACGAUUGCGGCACGUUUCAUGGAUGUGGGACACUGUCCUUUGUCGCGCAACGCUCGGCUUGUGCUGCAGGAGCAUCUCGGAAAAAUCUUUAACUUCGAAGCGAAGGUGGCGAAGGAAGUUUCGCUUGGCCGCUGGCUCGACGUUGUAGACCUCCUUAUCCGUAUGCUCAGGACGACAGCAAUGGCUCACGUGGUGAAGUCUGAUGCCGCGGCGGCAUGCUUACCAGAGCUGCUGUCGGUCUUGCAUUUCACAAGGGGUGACGGGAUGACUCUGGAGUAG